AUGUUUAGUAAGAAGAAAGAUAUUACCGAACAAACCAGAGAACAAUCAAGAGAACUUCGGCGAACUGAUCGUGAUCUUGUACGAGAUAGACAUAAACUGGACAAUGAAGAACAAAAAUUGAUGAAUGAAAUUAGAAAAAAUGCUUCACAAGGCAAUAAAAAAGCUAUUGAAAUAUUGGCAAAACAAUUGAUAAAAGUACGAGGACAAAAAGAAAAAUCGUUAAAUGCUAGUGGACACAUUCAAGGUUUAGCUUCUCAAAAUGCGAUGAUGGCAUCAAAUGUUCGAAUGGCUCAUGCAAUGGAUAGUACAGCAAAAACAAUGGAAAAGAUGAAUGGCUUGAUUGAUCCUCAGGCAAUGGGAAAAGUGACACAAAAAUUUGCUGAGCAGCAUAUGAAAAUGGAAAUAACAGAUGACCUGAUUGGUGAAACAUUGGAAGCUGCCCUUGCUCAAGAAGGAGACGAAGAAGAAGAAGAUCAAAUCGUAAAUCAAGUCUUGGAAGAAAUUGGCAUUCAGAUGAAAGAUAAAAUUAAUGGUGCACCAAGAGUUCCAGCAUCUGCCAUGGCAUCGAAAGCAUCACAUCAAACUGAAGAUGAUGAAAUCGAACGAAUGUUAGCCAAUUUGAAAUCAUAG